AUGUCACUGGCACCAUGCAAGAGAGAGAAUCACCUGGGAGCAUCUGAAACAAGAACUUGAAGUCUACUAUUCAUUCGCAAGUGAGUAAAAUUUGCUCUCUGAACAUUAGAUUUUGUGGUCAGUCCAGAAAUGACUGGAGCUGCUGUGUCCGCGUGCCUACUUUUUCUCCUGUCUGUAUGUUCAGCGUGUUACAUUUCCAACUGUCCUAUCGGUGGGAAGAGGUCCAUCAUGGACGCACCACUGCGCAAGUGCAUGUCUUGUGGCCCUGGAGACAGGGGCCGCUGCUUCGGCCCCAGUAUCUGCUGCGGGGAGGGUCUCGGCUGCCUGCUGGGCUCCCCAGAAGCAGCUAACUGUGUGGAGGAGAACUACCUGCUCACCCCCUGCCAGGCGGGAGGGAGGCCCUGUGGAUCUGAGGGAGGACGCUGCGCUGCUUCAGGACUCUGCUGUGAUGCAGAGAGUUGUACCACAGACCAGUCGUGCCUUAUCGAAGAGGAGGGAGACGACCAACCCGGCCAAUUCGACAGCAGCGACCCCGGUGACAUCAUCCUCAGGCUCCUGCAUCUGGCUGGUCACACUUCUCCUCAUCGAAUCCACCAAUGA